GGAGGAGGACCGCCCAAAAUCGCUCCCGUUCACAACAUUCCCGCGAACAUGGCCGGCGGCAAAGCCGACAAUCCAUCGCCGACAUCGUCGGGUGGUUGUCCUACGGACGCACCAAAGGGAGCAGAUGCUCCGGUUUGCACAGACGAAGACUGCAAGGGCCCCAACGACGGUCCCAAGGACAAAGUCCGGGUCUGCUCGGAAGGAAAAUGGAAAGAUUGCCCCUGCCUCAGAAGUGGAACAUUUAUCGCCGAAGCAACCGACCCUGACUACCUCAAGGCCCAGCAAGACAUGUUCCAAUGGGUACUCGAUCACGACGGCGACUUCUCCAAACCCUGGUGUAUCCACGGCGCCAGCCCGAGGAGCGGCAGGACCCCCUCCGACUACUGCAUGUGCGGUGAGAACGGUGCAACCUACUACCCCAUUGCCGAAAAGAAGGAGGGAGAGGAAUAUAAUCCUUGUCCUUACACAGAAAAGGACCACCCUAAAGAAACCCUCACGUUCCAGGACCCUCCCAAGCAGACAGAAGCGCCGCCGCCGCCGCCUCCUGCACCGCAACCGACGUGCAAUACCAAUCCAUGCGGUGAUUUUGAGAAGGCCAAGAAAGACUUCCCGUGGGUCCAUCUUGGCACCGCUACAGAAGCAGGUCACAAGUUCUGCGCAGACAACAAGGGCAAAGCGGUCGUGGAGGGCCGAGACAAUCUCCAGGGAACGUACGACGACGCUCCAGAUCACAAGAACUUCGAAGGUGGGCCCAUGCAGUUCUUGAUCAAGGUUGACAGGGUCGAUACAAACGCCGAUAAGACGUUGGAUGAGAAAGACUGCAACACUGCUGUCGAUGUUAUCUUGAACGGAUGCGACACCUGCUCAAAUGACAUCAAGUUCGGGGGAAAAAUCGAGAUAAAUGGCGUUAUCUUCAGGAUAAAUCCCAUGCGAUAUAUCCCUUGCAUAACUUGCUAAUGAAACAUGAGGUUGGAUAGACUCAGAUUGCAUGGGGAUAUUGGAUACUUCUCAAGCAUGUCGUUUCAUGUAAACCUCUUGUUAGAAUAAAUAGAUCUUGUAUAUCAAACAGCGAAAUGUCUCAGCUCAAGCUCCC